AUGUUCGGAGUCGACUACAAUGAGACAUUCGCUCCGGUGGUCAAGCACACAUCGAUCCGGACACUGUUUGCAUUGGCAGCAGAGAAGGAUCUCGAGAUAUACCAGUUUGACGUGAAUACAGCGUUUCUGUAUGGCACGAUUGACACGGAUAUUUUCAUGGAACAGCCAGAUGGAUACAUAAGCGAAAAGUAUCCAGACCAUGUGUGCAAGUUGAAGCGAAGUUUAUACGGUACCAAGCAAGCAGCAACGCAGUGGAACAUGCGAUUACAUGACCAUAUGAUGCAACAUGGAUUCAAGCGUACUGAUGCAGACCACUGCGUGUACAUCCGCGAUCAAGGGAAGGCAUAUGUUGUGAUCAUCAUAUAUGUUGACGAUCUAAUUGUCAUGCCCAAGACCAAGAAAUCAAUCGAUGAAAUUUGCAAGCAACUGAAGAACGAUUUCGACAUCAAGGAACUGGGUGAGAUUAAAUACUGUCUCGGAAUUCAGGGUAGUCUGCGGGACAAAACGGAAUGUCAAACUAGGGUUAAGGCUUGA